AUGUUUGGGCAGACCACGGCGAACGACGGCACCGCAGUGGUCGCGUCGGCCACCGCGGAGGAACGACUGAGCCGACCUCCCUCCUGGCGUUCUCCAGCGCCCGACGCUGGCCCGCGUCACCUCCCAGCACCAUCGAGCGCCGGUCAUGUCCACCUCUCUCGCGCACUGAAACGCAAUGCGCUUCAGCACCCGUAUAUCCAGCAGUGCUCGCGCACUAGAGUCGACACGCUACAUCGACGGGCACGCACAUCCGCUGCCCCAUUCCUCUCGAACGCCGCGGUGCCACUCCCCUCGAACGCCGCGAUCUCAGCACAAGGCACCUCGGUCCUCGUCCGCACGGGCCAGCCACAGACACGGAACGCGCAGCAACAACGGCUUGGGAUCGUGCGUCGACGGGCACGCACGUCCGCCAUCCCUGUCCCCUCGAAUCUCGUCGUCCCACUCCUCUCGAACCCCCUGGAAUCCCACUCCUCUCGAACAGCGCCGUGCGACUCCCCUCGAACAGCGCCGUCCCUUUCCCCUGGAACGCCGCCUUUAACGCACAACUCACCGCAGUCCUCGUCCGCACAUCCCACUCUCUCGAACCCCCUGGUCCGACUCCCCUCGAACCCCGCCGUCCCAUUCCCCUCGAAUGCCGCCAUCCCAGUCCCCUCGAACACCGCGAUCUCUGCACAACGCACCACGGUCCUAGUCCGCGCGACCCAGCGAGAACCGCAGAACGCGGAGCAACAGCGCAUGCUAGGUCGACGCGCACGCACGUCCGCCGCCCCGCUCCUCUCGACUCCCCCAGUCCCACUCCUCUCCAACGCCGCCGUCCGACUCCCCUCCAACGCCGCGAUCUCCGCACAACGCACCUCGGUCCUCGUCCACGCGACCUUAGUUAGUUAG